GGAAGAUUUAAAUUGAAAACAAUUAGGUGGCCGGCGGCGGCGGCGGCUGGCUAUUGCUGAGAAGCUCCGGUUUGUGCAGCUGGGCGUCAGCAUGUCCUUUUCCAAGGCUCCUCUGAAGCGGUUCAAUGACCCUUCUGGUGCUUACGAUGUGAAAACUUCCGAAGCAGUAAAAGGACCGGUAUCUUUCCAGAAAUCACAAAGAUUUAAAAAGCAAACUGAAUCACAGCAAAGUCUUAGUGGCAGCAGUGAUACAACUCAGAUUGCUUCAGCAAAAAGGGCUAAGACUUUGAGACCAAAGGAGUCUCCAAAAAAUGACAAAGCUUUGAAGACGCUGAAAAAAGAGAUCCGGGUCCUGGUGCAGGAGCGCAGCCUGCGGGACAAGCGGAUCCAGGAUCUGGAAGCAGAGUUGGAGAAGGUGGAAGCCAAAUUCGUCUCGGAGGUCAGGGAGAAAACCUCUCUGUCUGCGCUGAAUGCGUCCCAGCAGAAGCAGCUCAUCGAGUUAAGCCGGAUAAACGAGCGGCUGAAAACUAAGUUUUCAGAAACCAGAGCGCGGAGUAAAGGAACUCAAAGCCUGGAGCUGCCGAAGGUCGGCCAGCAGAGAGACGCGAAGCUGAGGAGCACGACGGCUCAGCAGGAAGGCAAGGAGACGAAGCUGCAGGUCACCCAGAGGAGCCUGGAAGAGUCCCAGGGGGAUGAAGCCCGGCUGGAGGGGACACUCAUUUCCAUGGAGAAGGAAAAGACUGAUGAAAAAUCUGACACCGAAAAACUCUUAGAAUACAUUGAAGAAAUUAGCUGUGCCUCGGAGCAGCUGGAAAAAUACAAAGUAGAGAUAGCCCGAUUAGAGGAACAGCUGAAGGAGAAGAAUCAAGAAGUUUUAAGCCUUCAGCAGUCCCAGGAGGAGAGUGUUAUGUUGUCGAGCAAAGUGCAAGACCUGGAUUCGAGAUGCCAGCGGCUUGAGAAAGAAAAAGAAGAUCUCGUCUGUGCAUCUAAAGAACGAGAAGAAAAUCUAAAUUCUGAAAUGCAAAAUGUGAAGGAGAUGCUUGCUCUUGAAAAGCAAGAACAUGAAAAACUCCAGCAGAAAGAGUUGGAAAUGGGGUCCCUUCUGCAGCAAGAGAAGGAACGGUUCUCGACUCUUCAGCAGAAGCUGUGUGCCUUCCAGGAGGACAUGGGCAAAGAAAGGAGCCUCUUCGAAGAGGAGCUGCAGAAAGCCCUGCAGGAGCUGGAAAUGUUACAAGGGAAGGAAGAGCAGGCUGAGAAGCUGAUCGGGCAGCUGGAGGAGGAAAUAAGGGCUAGAGCUGCCGAACUCCAACUUCUAGAAGAAAGGCUGAAAGGGAAAGAGGCAGAGCUGGAGCGGAGCGCGGCUGCCCGCGAGGAUUCUGCGCGGCAUCUGCAGGAGAAGCAGGCCGUGGAGGCCGAGUUCCAAAGCUAUAAAGCAUUCACAGCAAGGGAGAUCGACGAUCUGAAGCUAGAAAACUCAUCCCUGCAGGAGAAAGUCGCCGCAGCUGAGAAGACCACGGAGGAUGCUCGACACGAGCUGGCGGCCACCAAGAAGGCAAACGAAGAGUGUGCCAGGCGGCUGCUGGAGCUGGAGAGCCGCUCCGCCCUUCAGGAGGCGGAGAUGAAGCAAAUUGAAGCCGCUUCUCUUCAAGAAGUGACGGGCUUGCAGAACCGACUCAAGCAGCAAGCCGAGGACUUCCAGAAACAGCUGGAAGACGUGGAGAGGAAAUCUGGAAAAGAAAGCCUCAUAGCAGAAUUGACUGAAGAAAUGAAUAAGUGGCGGCUCCUUUAUGAAGAGCUGUUUAAUAAGACAAAACCUUUUCAGGUGCAACUGGAUGCGUUUGAAGCAGAAAAACAGGCUCUGUUGAAUGAACACGGUGAAGCUCAGGAACAGCUAAAUCAACUCAGAGAUUCCUACGCUAAAUUACUGGGGCACCAGAAUCUAAAGCAAAAAAUCAAGCACGUUGUGAAACUGAAAGAUGAAAACAGCCAGCUCAAAUCGGAGUUGUCAAAAGUCCGCUCUCAGCUUGCCAAAAAAAAGCAAAGUGAGUUAAGGCUUCAGGAAGAAUUGAAUAAAGUUCUGGGCAUCAGACGCUUUGAUCCCUCCAAGGCUUUCAAUCAUGAGAAAGGGAAUUUUGUCCCUAAGACCCCCUUAAAAGAAGCCAAUGCAAACUGCUGCUGAGCUCCCGUGGAUUUUCCAGGAUGGUGCAAGUAAAUCUCUGAAACCCCUGUCGCAGAUGAUUUUAUUCUUACUGCUAUCCGUUGUGCUUUUGUUGCAAUUGAUGCUGCUGUGUUGUACAUUAUAGUAGCUUCCUGUCCUGGAGUGCAGGAGAGGAAGCCCCACACUUACCACGAUGGUGCCUUCUUUUUGCUUCCUCUUCCUCUUCCUCAAUCUUCACCUUUAUCUCCUUGUGCUGUACUUCCUAACGGACCCGCAUUGGUAAAGCCGACCCAUAACAAAUGAAACGCCCGUGUCAGAGGCGACUGGGCGCAUGCUUGUCAUGCAGACGGCCCGGGGUUUGAGCCCCAGCACCACCUGGUCCUCUGAGCACAGACAGCAGUGUCCCUAGAGCACUGAGCUAGGAGUAUCCCUGGAGAACCUCCGAAUCUGGCCCUAAACCAAAAAACAAGUUAAAAAAUAAAUCAGUCUCAGGGCUGGAGAGAGAGUACGACAAGGCAUUUACCUUGUCGAAGUUAGACUUGAGUUUGAUCCCCGACGCCCCGGUGUUCACCCUCCCCCCAUCUGAACCUUGACACCCCAUAUGAGCCUGCCAGCAGUAAUCCUUGAGCACAGAGCCAGGAAUAAGCCCUGAGCACUGCUGGGUUGGUUCAAAAAAAAAAAAAAUUCAGUCUACUUUCUAGUCCUCUAUUCUGAAAACUUCUUUGGAAGAUGAUAAUCCCGGAGUUUGAAAUUUGGGUGAUUUUAUUCCCCCCUCAGUUUGAUGCUAAUCUGCACUUGUUAAAUGGGACUAAAACUCCAUGUUUUGUUCUGGCCCUUGCUUUGAUUCUCCCUGUAAGAUCAGUCCUGCCCUGCUCACUGCCCAGAGUCCACUGGAGAUUUGGUCAGGGACUCCACGCUGACCUCUAGCUGAUCUUAGAGGUCAACUUAGUCUCUGAGUUGGUGAAUGAUUUGUAGGGUGCCAACCCCCCACCCUAGUUCUAAGUUAAAAUCUAGGGUCAGGCCACAGAAAUUGAAUUUAUAAUAAACUUUUGCAUUUAACUCUUAGUUAAACAUGCUAAAAAUCUGAGAAAUUACCUUUUUUUUUUCUUUCUGGGUCACACCUGGCGAUGCACAGGGGCUAUUCCUUGGCUCUGCAACCAGGAAUCACUCCUGGCGGUGCUCAGAGGACCUUAUAGGAUGCUGGGAAUCAAACUCGGGUCAACUGCAAACGCUCUAUCUGCUGUGCUAUCGCUCCAGCCCCUGAGAAAUUACUUUAACUUCUUUAGAAAAUCUUAUACUUCCUGUCUUUUGCCUGUCUUCUGGUAUUUGAUUAAUAGUCAUUUAAUAUGAAAUAAAAUCGCACACUAAGUUAUUACUUACCCAGAUUAUUCAACUUGUGUUAUAUGAAGUUGCAGAAAUGCUUCUAUUUAAGGUUUAUUUAUU